AUGUCCAUACUCGACUCUCCUAUACCGUUGGGAGAUAUAGAAGAUGUCUUGGCUUGGGUUGACACCUUCAAAUUGUCCCGGCCAACGAGGAAGAUCAACAGGGACUUCUCUGAUGCUGUUCUAUUGGCGGAGAUCCUCAGCGUCCACUACCCGAAGCUGGUGGAGAUGCACAACUACCCGCCGCGGAACAGCCACUCUCUGAAGUUGAACAACUGGAUGACCCUCAACAGGAAGGUGCUGAAGAAGCUCCGACUGAAUCUGUGCCUGAACACCAUGGAACAGCUCGCCAACUGCGCCCAUGGGGUCAUUGAGAGGGUGCUUGUUAUGGUACGUGAUAAAAUACGCCGGGAUGAAGAUAUGAACAAGAGUUUGAAGGAAACAGAACAGAACACGUCCAGCGGCGGCAGUUACUAUGAGGCCUGUGGGGAUGAUGAACACGUUCUAGUCGUUCCGGUCAAGGCGAGAGUGAACGGCGUUUUAGAAUGUAUACAGAAGAAAGUGGUCAGUCACGAAUACUAUCUCGGCCUCAAAGAAGAACUGAAAGACGCUAAAGACUCUGCGGAAAUGCUCAAACAAAAGGUUGAACAUUUAGACAACCUAAUCAAGUUAAAAGAAGAAAGGAUAGAAGAACUCCAAAAACAACUAGAAAGAAAACAGAGUAGACGUAAAGAAAUUGAUGCCAAUCUUAAUAGCAUAGAUGUGCCUUUUGAACCCGAACCUCCAGUUCCCGACAUUAGUGAUUUAGUCAAAGUGCCAAGCAGACCACUGUCUCUAAAAUCUGUGGAAUCAAAUACUAGAAUCGAAAUAGAAAAAAAUGUAGAAUCUAACCCAAGGAUUGAAAAAGUAAAAUCUGUAGAACAUAACCUGACAAUUGAAAAAGAAAUAACUGUAGAAUUUUAUCCAAGGAUUGCAAAAGAAAAAUCCGUAGAAUCUAAUACAAGGAUUAAUAAAGAAGAAUCUAAUCCACGGAUUAAUAAAGAAGAAUCAAGAAUCCCCGUACCAGUAGCAGAUAUACACAAACAACUAUCAAAACAUAGUAUAAAAGACGUGGUAUCCAAACUUUCGGAUGAUAUUAAUAUAGAUAGAAUAAGGUCUGACGUUUUUAAGGAAGUUGAAAUAAUCGACCAAAGGGUUAUGGAAGGUUUCCACGACAGCCUUGAUCAUAUAGAUGAGCCUCCUGCAACAAUGUUUGAUGAUAAACAAAAUAAUAUAAAGGGCGUAUGUAUAUAAGGAUAUACAUGCUUAUAGCAAAGUAAUUAUCUAAAAUUAAAGGCGGAAUUAUAUUUGUCUGACGUGACGUGUCGUGACGCAUCAGAACAGAAUCGGUAUCUUACAUUUUGUAUGCGACAUAUCAGAAGCCAUCAUGACAUGUCACAACACAUACCUAAGUUUAAAUGUUGCCAUAUAAAUGUAUGAUACCGAUUCUGUUCUGAUGCGUCAUGACACGACACGUCAGACAAAUAUAAUUCCGCCUUUAUAGUGACGAAAUAAAUAAUUGAAGAAAUUUGAACUGGUAAUUAAACUGGAAAUAUUAAGAAGGUUUUUAUAAUAUAUUUUAUAAUAUAUCUCUGUGGCUAGAAACAAAUUAAUGUUUUAAAAAACGUACAAUUUUAUUAUUAAUUAUUAUGCAAAUAUGAAUACUAUAGGUUAGAAAAUUUCGAAUUUAACCUACCAU